AUGCGGAGGCGGCGGAAGCCGACACGGACCCCGAAUUGGCCCAAGCGGCUCUCCUGUCACUCGAUCUGGCCCAGAAAAAAGAUAUUCUACGCAGAGUGCUCCGAUCCCCCCAGUUUAUGCAAAGUCUGGCUAGCCCUGCAGAUUCCCGUGGCCAAUGGAGGGUUCAUGCGACGAGGAGGUGUACCCCUAGGUGGAGGCGACGCAGUGGAAGCGUUUCUAGAGGGCGUUCGGCAACAUGUCAAGGAGGACUCGGGUGCGAUGGAGACAGAUUAG